GCACCAUCAGCGUCCGCGCAACAAGCCAGAGGAAAACAGCUCGUCUCUCCAGCCUCUCAGCCAAUCAGCGCUCUGGUUUCUCUUCAGCAUCUCGGAGGGACUCGGCCAUCGGCAGACCUGAGCGCAGGCAGCGCGGAGGAAACACACGCCAGGGCUCCUCGACGCGCAGCUAUGGUUUUGUGAUUUUGGAUUUUGGAGGACUGGGGUCGGCAGGUGAUUAAACGUGUUUCUUUUCCUGCAGCGGUGCUUCAUCAGCACACAAAAAGGAAACACAAGUCAGCAAAUUCAAGCGCCGCGCAAAGGGAAGCAAAUUCCUGCAAAACCAUGGCAGACCAGAAAGACAACAUAGAAGACUUUAAAGUCCAGACAGCCAAGCAUCCCAACAUGAGCUCAGCCCCUUUACGGCCACACAGUGAACAGUCCAGAGACCGGGCGUCCAAACGGCUCUCCACUGAGUCCAAUGGGACCAGCGACGGAGGCAUGGGCUCAUCCACGCCAGUGGAGGUGACCGCUUUGGAGGAGGCGUUUCGACGCUUCGCCAUCCACGGCGACACGCGCGCCACAGGCAAGGAGAUGCACGGCAAGAACUGGUCCAAACUCUGCAAGGACUGCAACGUGAUCGACGGCAAGAACAUCACCCUCACUGACGUGGACAUCGUCUUCAGCAAAGUCAAGAAGAAAACCUGUCGCACCAUCACAUACGACGAGUUCAAGACUGCACUCGGAGAGCUGGCCAGGAAGAAAUACAAAGACAAGACUGGAGAGGAGGCUGAGGCGGAGGUCUUCAAGCUGAUCGAAGGGAAGGCGCCCAUCAUCGCAGGAGUCACGAGAGCCGUGGCGUCCCCGACGGUGAGCCGUCUCACGGACACCACCAAGUUUACAGGGUCGCACAAGGAGCGUUUCGACGACAGCGGACGUGGGAAGGGUAAGGCGGGACGGGUGGACAUAGUUGACACUUCCGGAUACGUUUCGGGAUACAAGCAUCAAGGGUCAUAUGAGAAGAAAGUGAAUAAACCCACUGCGGGCAGACCCAUGUGAGGGCGAAGAUGAGGAAAUAAACAUUUGAUCAACUACUAGGAUGAUUUUCUAUUAAAAGAAUACUCAUAGAAAGCACAAAAGAAUAGGAUUUCGCAUAUUUUCCCUUCCAUCUAUCUUAUGUGUGUGUGUGUCUGUGUGUGUGUGAGGGAGAGAUUUUUGAGUUCCUCUCUUUGUGAAGUGUGAGAACUGGAAAACUGUUUACAUCUAUUUUUACAAAGUCAUCACCAGCUGGUACAUUCCUGUCUGAUAGCGAGUUACUGCCAAACACUGAAGAGAACAAACGAGAGAAACUGUUAUACUGCGGCUUUGUUGUCGUGAUCGGGCCUUAUUAUGAUAUUUAUUGAGCACAAUGAACAAGAAAAACAGAAGCGGGACAAAAGUUUAAUGAAUAACAACAUUGCACUUUUUUUUUUUUAAUGGAGAUGUUUCUCAUUCCUGAUUUGGCUGAAGAAAUGCAUUUUUAAUUUGUUUUGCAGUUUCAGAGUUAAUUGGCACACUUUUUUUUUUUUUUUGGACAAAGAAAGCAUCGGUGUUUAUUUCUUUUGAAAGCUUAUAAAAUGUGUUUUCACUGUUAACUGUUUGUCUGCCAUCUGCACUUGUCAACUGCUGAUAAUCUACUGUUUAUUGUUAAAUUAUUCCAUAAGCUCAGUGUUUUUCCAUUAUUUGCAUUCAGCGCCGACCAUGAUCAUAUACAAUGGGAGUUUCGUUGGAUCUCUUGCAAAUCCUCUGUAAAUGGAUUUUUUUUGUCACCUGUCUGAAUGAAAAUCUGUGACUUUUGUCAUCUUAUUGCAUUUUUUUCUUAUUUUUAUAAAGUAUAUCAAAAGAUGUUCACGCACCUGAUUAUAACUCACAGAGCUUUUCCUUUUUCAUCAUCCUGUCUAAUUACAAAUCAGCCCUUUUGCAAACAUUCACGACUCGGAGAAAUCAGCUGAAAGAAAAAGCUGCAACCACAGUAGAUGAGCUCAGUUGUACAAGAUUGUAUUUUUAACGUUUUACUUCAAGUAUUUCCUCAUCAGAUUUAUAUACGGUAGUUCUAAUAUAUUUGUGGUAAGAUUGUGUAUAUUCUUAAACCUUUUAGCCACACGGCUUAAUUUAUGACACUGGCUCCAUGUUUGAUUUCCUGUAUUGCUGUACUUUGUGCAUGUUCUGUAUAUUACAUUUGAUUCAGAAGCAUAUAGACGGGAGCAGGAGUCUGUCGCAUCAGCGCUGCUGUGAGGACCGACUCGUGGACAGACUUAAAUAUUUUCUUGCGGAAAAAAAAUAUUGAGUCAUGAGUUUUGUUGGAUCAUGACAAAAUCUUGUAUUGCUUGAAAUCAAUGUGUAUCAACGUGUACGUGAACAAAGUCAGCUAUCCUCUGAUGCUGUUGUAUUUGUCCGACUAAAAAAAAAAAAAAAAAAACAACAAAAAA